GGUGCUGCAGAGCGGCGGGUCAGGGAGGUUGAAUGACUGUUUGGUGUCAGAGGGGUUUCUGCAUGGAAGAGAUACUAUGGCAGGAGCUCUGCACAUCACUCUGUUCAUAUUUCUGCAUAUUUUUGCAUCAUUUGUCCUCAUUUCAGCCAGAACUGCUAAUGACACAUCUACAGUGGGCUCCACCGUGUCUUCAGAUACAGCUCUCCCUACAACUGAGAGCCUUUUUCCUGCAGGGAAAACAAACGUGACUGAGGUUACCACCACAGGGUUCACAGAUCUACAGUCAACAGCUAAACCUCCCAAAACCACUCCAACUACUAAACAUCUGGCUGAAGACACUGGUAAGCCAGCGGGGACAGCAGUGUCCAGAAAAGAAACAAAAGAAGAAGAAGGUCCUUUGGAGUUAGAAAGAAGGUCCACCAGGAGCGUAAAGGUAGCGAAGAAGCCCAAAACGAUCGUGAAGAAACCCAAACUCAUCACCAAGAAGCCGAAGGUUGUUAAGAAAGCCAAACCUCAGGUCAAACACAGUGUGAGCCAAUCAGUGGCCAGGGAGACCGUCCCACAAUGUCCUCCACUGGGUCUGGAGUCACUGAAGGUAAAAGACAACCAGCUGAGAGCGUCAUCCUAUAAGCGUAGAGGCCUGGGCCCUCACCGCGGCCGACUCAACAUCCAGUCUGGAGUAGACGACGGGGAUAUCUACGAUGGAGGCUGGUGUGCUCAGUACAGAGACAAGAAGCAGUGGCUGGAGGUCGACGCUCUGCGACUGACUCGCUUCACCGGUGUCAUCCUGCAGGGUCGCGCCUCCAUCUGGAGUUGGAACGUGGUGCAUACCUACAAGGUACAGUUCAGUAACGACUCGCUGGUCUGGAAGCCAUGCAUGAACGGGACCAUAGAGGCUGUAUUUGAAGGAAACCAGGACACAGAAACACCUGUCCUCGCCCUUUUCAACACUUCCACGGUGGCCCGUUAUAUCCGGAUCAACCCACAGACCUGGUACCAGAACGGGACGCAGGGGGACAUCUGUCUUAGAGCUGAGGUGUUGGGUUGCACACUCCCAGAUCCAAAUAAUAUCUACGCAUGGCAGACACAGCCAACAGGGUCUAAAGACAAGCUGGACUUCAGACACCACAACUACAAGGAGAUGAGGAAGUUGAUGAAGUCGGUGAACGAGGCGUGUCCUGACAUCACUCGCAUCUACAGCAUCGGGAAGAGUUACACGGGUCUGAAGCUCUACGUCAUGGAGAUCUCUGACAACCCUGGAAAACACGAGCUGGGAGAACCAGAGUUCCGUUACGUUGCAGGGAUGCAUGGGAACGAGGUGCUGGGCCGAGAGCUUGUGCUCAAUCUCAUGCAGUACAUGUGCCAGGAGUACAAGCGGGGCGACCAGCGCAUCGUCCGCCUGGUCACAGAGACUCGCAUCCACCUUCUGCCCUCCAUGAACCCCGAUGGAUAUGAGAUGGCCUUUAAAAAGGGCUCAGAACUGGCGGGUUGGGCCUUGGGUCGCUACAGCUAUGAAGGUAUCGACAUGAACCACAAUUUUGCAGACCUAAACUCAGGGAUGUGGUCCGCCAUCGAGCUGGAGACAGACCGCUCCAAACUCAUCAACCACUACUUCCCCAUCCCGGAGCAAUACACCUCGGAGGAGGCCUUUGUGGCGUCAGAGACCCGAGCGGUCAUCAACUGGAUGCAGAACAUCCCAUUUGUUCUUAGCGCUAACCUCCAUGGAGGAGAGCUGGUGGUGGUCUACCCGUUCGACAUGACCCGGGACUGGGCACCUCACGAGCACACGCCCACUGCUGAUGAGAGCUUCUUCCGUUGGUUGGCCACAGUGUAUGCCAGCACCAAUCAGGUGAUGUCCAACCCGGACCGGCGGCCCUGCCACAACAAGGACUUCAUUAGAUACAACAACAUCAUCAACGGAGCCGCAUGGCACAACGUACCAGGAAGUAUGAAUGAUUUCAGCUACCUGCACACCAACUGUUUCGAGGUGACGGUGGAGUUGUCCUGUGAUAAAUUCCCACACGCCAGCGAGCUUCCCAUCGAGUGGGAGAACAACAGAGAAUCUCUUCUGGUGUACAUGGAGCAGGUCCACCGUGGAAUAAAGGGGGUGGUGCGAGACAAAGAUAACGAGGCUGGCAUAGCAGAUGCCAUCAUUAAAGUGGAUGACAUCGAUCAUCAUGUCAGAUCAGUUGCUGAUGGAGACUACUGGCGGCUGCUGAAUCCUGGGGAGUACCGGGUGACGGUCAGCGCAGAAGGCUACUUCCCCUCCUCCCGCACCUGCCAGGUCAUGUACGACCACUACCCGACAAUCUGUGACUUCCGCCUCACCAAGAUCCCCAAACAGAGGCAAAAAGACAUUUUAGCGAAGGGAGGGAAACUCCCCAAAGACCUGCAGCUCCGGCUGCGACAGCUACGCCUGCGUAAGCUCCGUGUCACCACCAAGGCCAUCAACCAGAGGCGCAUUGCUGAUGCUGCUAGACGGGCAAAGAGGAUGUGAUGAUUGAAGAUAAUAUCAGAACAAAGCUGGACUUGGUUCCGCUCCUUUUGGGUUCAGAGACACCCAUCUUCACUGGAUUCAUGUUACUUUAUGGUUUAAAGAGAAAUUGCUGUUAUCAAAGACAAAACGGCUGGGGACCUUCUUCUUUUUCUGUGGAGCAGCGGAGCAACUGUCCUUGCUUUAGGUCACAUUUACACAACAGGGACGUGGUGGCUCACUGGGUUUAAAAUAAAGGACUAUGAGGGUAACGUGUGACUUUUUAGCUUUCAAAGUGUUCACAUCCAGCGUAGGAAAUGUGCACUUUUUAUAUGCAGCACAGCAGGAAAAUGACAAGGCUACAGUUUCUAUAUUAUUAACAGAAACUUAAUGUAAAGUGACCAUUUUAAAUCAUAUCCAUUGUGCAGGAAUACAGAGCCAAAACAACGAUGCAUGUGUCAUUGUCUAAAUACCCGUCUGAUUGUUAAAUGAUGGUGCAGAUAGUGCCCUUGCCGAAAAAUACAUUAAAUUGUGUUUAAAUUCUGGAACUACCCUGAUGCAAUAUCAUAUUUCAUGUCUGAACUCCAGAGAAUUAACACAUUUGGUAAGAGACAUGAAUGAAUGACACUGAAUUUUUAUUUAUUACAUAAUUACCAUUUGACUUUACAGUUUAAAAAAAUUAAAAGUACUAAAUUACAUAAGAA